GACUCAGUGUUCACUCUCCAUAGCAAUGGCAGGAGCUGGUGCAGGCAUGGACGGUGCUUUCUACUACGGUGGGGGCGGUGGCUUCGACGAUGAGCCCGCCUUAGACCAGAACCUCCUCCCUGCUAACGAAGGCCAAGCACGAGCCGGGUUCAAGAGGUUCGUGAAGGAGUUCAGGCAAGGACAGAAAUUCGUCUACAGAGAUCAGCUUAUCGACAAUUGGAGUCGCGGCGUGUAUUCGAUGACCCUAUCUGUUCACCAUCUUGAUCAAUUCGCCCCUGCCCUUGGUCACGCCCUGAGGACCCAGCCGCAAAGAUUCAUGAGCUCUUAUGAACAAGCCAUGCAAGACGUUUUCAUCGAACUGAGCGGUCUGCCGGAGCCCGUUGAUGGGGGACAGGUCCAAGUGGACGACCAAGGCUUCCGUCGAGGCAUGCCUACAUUCCAGCUCAAGCUGGCCUCUUGGGAGAAUCCAAAGUUGAUUCGUGAACUGCAGAGCGAGCAUGUCGAGAGGCUCGUAGUGAUUCCGGGAAUAAUCGUGCAGGCGUCCAUCAAAGUCCACAAGGCGUUCAAGCUGCGCAUCCGUUGCAAGAAGUGUGGUCACUCCCGUACACUGGAUUUGAAACCAACGAGUCGCAGCAAAACAGCGAUCCCAAGAAGGUGUGCUCGAGAGCUUUCGGCCGGUCCCGAUGGUGAAAAAUGCGGCCUGGACCCGUAUAUCAUAGUAUCGGAACAAUGCCAAUAUCAAGACACCCAGACGCUGAAGAUUCAGGAGCUGCCGGAGGACGUACCAACAGGAGAAAUGCCACGGAGCAUACCAGUGCACUGCACCCGCUAUCUUACUGAUACCGUAAAUCCAGUGUCGGUCGUGGGAGUGUUUAGUACAGAGGACAGGAACGGCGACAAGAAGAAGGACAACGACGGUAGCGUCAAAGUGUGCUACGUUCAGGCUCUUGGGUUCAUGCCUCAUGGAGACGUAACUGGUCGAGGCGGGGCGUCAGGGAAUACACUGAGGCUCUCCCCGGCAGACGAGGAGCGUGAUGCUACCUAUGUCUUGUCGUUUUCUGAGUGCUCAUUUGUUCAGUUCGCGUCGGUGGCCCCUGCAAUCAGAGGCAGUGUUAAGGACUGUAUCAGCGACUUGAAGAUCGCUAUUGCUUGCUUGUUGUUUGGGGGCGCACAGAAGACCCUUCAAGAUGGUACUCGAUUGAGAGGAGAUAUUAAUGUGCUCAUGCUCGGUGAUCCUGGUACGGCGAAGUCGCAGUUCCUGAAGUUCACAGAACAAGUCGCCCCGAUAGCUGUAUACACGAGUGGGAAGGGCUCGAGUGCUGCUGGUCUCACUGCGGCUAUCAUACGAGACGCUGAUGGGCGCUUUGCCCUAGAGGGCGGCGCUAUGGUCCUUGCUGACGGUGGAGUGGUAUGUAUCGAUGAAUUCGAUAAGAUGCGGCCCGACGAUCGUGUGGCGAUCCAUGAAGCCAUGGAGCAACAGACUAUCUCUAUUGCCAAGGCUGGCAUCACCACAAUUCUCAACACUCGAUGCUCGGUCUUGGCGGCGGCCAACCCACUGUUCGGGCAGUGGAUGGACGUCGCUGAUGCGGCUGAGCAGAUGGAUUUCGCGACUACUAUACUGAGUCGAUUCGAUCUCAUAUUCCUGGUCAAGGACGUCAAGGAUGAAGAGAGGGACUUGGCGAUCGCCAAGCAUGUGUUCGAGGAGGAGGAAGAAGUAACUGAUGCCCCGAUCAAAGUUCAAGACCUCAAGAAAUACAUAGCAUUCGCCAGGCACAGGUGCUCACCCAAGCUCACCCCGGAGGCGGCUAAUGUGUUGCAGAACCACUACAUUCAGGUUAGACAAGGUGUGUCGAAGGAGCGCCGUGAGGGUCAUAGUACAAUCCCUAUCACGGUCAGACAGCUUGAGGCGAUCACCCGUAUUUCUGAGGCAUUUGCGAAGAUGAGCUUAUCGGAGUGGGUGCAAGUGAGUCACGUUGAAGAUGCGGUGAGGCUGUUCACCCUGGCUACUCUCGAUGCCGCCAAUCGCAACCAAAUGGGGGGAGGCGCUCUGACUGACGAGGAUCGUCAGAAAGUGUAUCAGGUCGAGGAUGCUAUCAAGCGCAGGUUACAGAUAAGAGGUCGCAGGCCUAAGACGGCUUUGCACAGAGAACUGGAGAAGGACUUUGAACCCAAGCACGUGCAGCAAGCUAUCAGUGAGUCCGGUUGGGGUGCUGCCUGGCAAUCUGUGUCCUUUCAGAAACCUUGCUACUCCGUCAAGUUCUGGAAGAACAAGGACACGCCUAUGUACGACGUUCUUGAGACUAUGCAUGAGGUUUCGAGUAAAUUCAUGAGCAUUUGCAGUGAAAGUUUUUGUGUUUAA